UGACACCGUGGCACGGUUAAACACAACAUUGUCCUCCAAAGCCUCUAAAAUCCUCCAACUGUUUCCUUGAGACAGUAAAUCAACCAGGAUUCUACACGUGUCCAUCUCAUGCUUUAGAAUUCAUUCAUGAACUGUAUCUUCUAUGUUUUGAGUAUAAAUAACAAACUUAGCUUCAGGAUAGUUCUUCCAACUCUUUACAAGUUAGUUUAAUCUCCUCCAUUUAUCCACAGGUAUCAAUCAUCUUGGUGAAGUGACAUUGUUAGUUUAGUGUGAAAACUCGUAGAAUUGAAACCUGCAAUGAGUCUGAUUCGAUGGUGUUUUAUCCUAUGGGUUACCAUGAUUAUUUUUAUCCAUAAUUGGGAUAGUGUGGAAGGAAGAUACCACUAUCACAAGGGGCAGAAGAAAAGUCCUUCCCCUGCACCAGAGGAACCUUCUUCACCUUCACCUUCACCUCCUUCCAUUUCCCCUGGUGUUCCCUCUGACCCUUAUCCCAGUGAUCCUGGGGAUUCCCCUUCAAACUGCAUUUUCGAUGUAAGAUCCUUUGGGGCAGUUGGAGAUGGUUCAGCUGAUGACACACAAUCAUUCGUGGCAGCAUGGAAAGCAGCUUGUGCAGUAGAGUCAGGAGUUGUUCUUGUUCCAGAAAAUUACUGUUUCAAGAUAACUUCGACUAUCUUUACAGGUCCAUGCAAGCCUGGACUGGUAUUUCAAGUGGAUGGUACUCUCAUGGCACCUGAUGGACCAGAAUCAUGGCCUAAGGAAGACAGCCACAGUCAAUGGCUUGUGUUCUAUCGACUCGAUCAAAUGACUCUUACUGGGAAAGGAACCAUAGAAGGCAAUGGGGAACAGUGGUGGGAUCUUCCUUGCAAACCUCACCGGGGUCCCGAUGGAAAAACUGUAUCAGGACCAUGUGACAGCCCAACAAUGAUACGGUUCUUCAUGAGCUCCAAUUUGGUGCUGAGUGGGGUAAAGAUUCAAAACAGUCCUAUGUUCCACGUGAAAUUCGAUGGUUGCCAAGGAGUACUGAUAGACAAGUUGUCAAUUUCUUCUCCUAAACUCAGUCCAAAUACUGACGGAAUCCACUUAGGAAACACAAAGGGUGUUGGGAUAUAUAACUCCAUGAUAAGCAAUGGUGACGAUUGCAUCUCGAUUGGACCCGGGUGCUCAGACGUGGACAUAGAGGGUGUUACUUGUGCUCCCACCCAUGGUAUUAGCAUUGGAAGCCUCGGAGUGCACAAUUCGCAGGCAUGUGUCUCAAACUUAACUGUUCGCAACACCAUCAUAAAGGAAUCAGACAAUGGCCUGAGAAUCAAGACAUGGCAAGGUGGAACGGGGUCAGUGAGUGGCCUAAGAUUUGAAAACAUCCAAAUGGAGAAUGUGAGGAACUGCAUCAUCAUUGACCAGUACUACUGCUUGUCGAAAGAGUGUCUGAAUCAAACUUCAGCAGUGCAUGUAAACAAUGUGAUAUAUAAGAACAUAAAGGGUACUUAUGAUGUGAGAACUCCUCCUAUACACUUUGCUUGCAGUGACAGUGUGGCAUGCACCAACAUAACACUCUCUGAGAUAGAGCUUUUGCCAUACGAAGGGGCAUUAGUAGAUGACCCUUUUUGCUGGAAUGCUUAUGGAACUCAAGAGACCAUGACUAUACCUCCACUUGAUUGCUUAAGAGAAGGUGAACCUGAUACAGUGGUGGAGCUCUCUGCCUACGAAUGUAGUAGUUAACAUGUCACGUUGGUGUGGGAAGUAUAUGAUAUAUGACAUAGUAUGCAUAUAGAGCAGAGAGAGACAUUGUUGUUGAGUUGUGAUUGUGGUGUUGUAUUUGUUACUUAGGAUUCGUCCCUAUUUGGGGUUUCCCCUUGUGUGUGAUGAGUUAUAGAAUUUAGUCUCCUUUUUGGGACCUACAUUGUAAUAGUUUGAUUGGGCAUUUACAUAUAUCAUAUAUAAUAUGAUAGGUUUUAACUAUUA